AUGAGAGUAGCCCUUAUCUUCAUAAUUGUGAGCAUUCUGCUCAUAAAGGCUCAAGAUGCGAAAGCAGAUUACGACUGGGAUAGUAUGCAAGAUGGUCCCUCUGAGGAGAUAGUACCCGGCUGUGGAGGGGACACUAUCUUCCCAACCAACUCCAACACCACCCUGCACAUGUGCCCCAACCACAACAACGUCUCCCACUUGCGGUCCAACCACAACCACUACAAGACGAACAACAACACCAUCUACAAUUCCUCCAACAACACGCACCACACCUUCGACACGCCCUCCAACAACGUCUUCCACUCGUGCUCCAACCACAACCACCACGAGGCGUACCACACAACCUUCAAUCCCACCAACAUCUCCCACUUGUGGUCCAACCACAACCACUACAAGACGAACAACAACACCAUCUACAAUCCCUCCAACAACGUCUCCCACUUGUGGUCCAACCACAACCACUACAAGACGCACCACACCUUCGACACGCCCUCCAACAACGUCUUCCACACGUGCUCCAACCACAACUACUACAAGACGAACAACAACCCCUUCUACGCGCCCUCCAACAACGUCUUCCACUCGUGCUCCAACCACAACCACCACGAGGCGUACCACACAACCUUCAAUCCCACCAACAUCUCCCACUUGUGGUCCAACCACAACCACUACAAGACGAACAACAACACCAUCUACACGCCCUCCAACAACGUCUUCCACACGUGCUCCAACCACAACCACUACAAGACGCACCACACCUUCGACACGCCCUCCAACAACGUCUUCCACUCGUGCUCCAACCACAACCACCACGAGGCGUACCACACAACCUUCAAUCCCACCAACAUCUCCCACUUGUGGGCCAACCACAACCACUACAAGACGCACCACACCUUCGACACGCCCUCCAACAACGUCUCCCACUUGUGGUCCAACCACAACCACUACAAGACGAACAACCACACCUUCUACUCGCCCUUCAACAACGUCUCCCACUCGUGCUCCAACCACAACCACCACGAGGCGUACCACACAACCUUCAAUCCCACCAACAUCUCCCACUUGUGGUCCAACCACAACCACUACAAGACGCACCACACCUUCGACACGCCCUCCAACAACGUCUUCCACACGUGCUCCAACCACAACCACUACAAGACGAACAACCACACCUUCUACUCGCCCUUCAACAACGUCUCCCACUCGUGCUCCAACCACAACCACCACGAGGCGUACCACACAACCUUCAAUCCCACCAACAUCUCCCACUUGUGGUCCAACCACAACCACUACAAGACGCACCACACCUUCGACACGCCCUCCAACAACGUCUUCCACACGUGCUCCAACCACAACCACUACAAGACGAACAACCACACCUUCUACUCGCCCUUCAACAACGUCUCCCACUCGUGCUCCAACCACAACCACCACGAGGCGUACCACACAACCUUCAAUCCCACCAACAUCUCCCACUUGUGGGCCAACCACAACCACUACAAGACGCACCACACCUUCGACACGCCCUCCAACAACGUCUUCCACACGUGCUCCAACCACAACCACUACAAGACGAACAACAACACCUUCUACUCGCCCUUCAACAACGUCUCCCACUCGUGCUCCAACCACAACCACCACGAGGCGUACCACACAACCUUCAAUCCCACCAACAUCUCCCACUUGUGGUCCAACCACAACCACUACAAGACGCACCACACCUUCGACACGCCCUCCAACAACGUCUUCCACACGUGCUCCAACCACAACCACCACAAGACGAACAACAACACCUUCUACUCGCCCUUCAACAACGUCUCCCACUUGUGGUCCAACCACAACCACCACGAGGCGUGCCACAACACAUUCCACACGCCCUUCAACAACACCAUCCACAUGUUCUCCAACCACAACCACUACAAGGCGCACCACAACACCAUCAACGAGUACUACCAGAACGACAGCAGUAACAACAACCACUACGCGUCGUCCUUGUCCUUGCCGUCCCCAACCUCCAUGCCAGAUUCCUCCUUGGUGGUAUCCUUAUCCAACCUACCCCAAUCCCGGGUGGCCUUGGCAGCCUAA